GUUCUCUUCUAGAGAGAGAAAUACAGAGAGGGAGGGAAGUAGUCCUGUAAAUUAAACUUACAUAAAAAGGAGAUAAGUUGGGUUGCCAGAAAUGCCCUUCUGCAACACCCCAAAAAUCCCAAUCUUCAUCAUCAACUUCAAACAACAAUGUUUUUAUUUUGGCGCAAAUUAUGUGGGCUUUUUCGGUCAGAAUUUUUUCACAGGAAAGCAAAGAAAGAACCUUCGCCCCAAUUUUCUCUCUCAUUUCCUCUCCUAUCUAUCUAUCUCUAUCUUUUCCAUUUUUUUCUUUUUCUACAAACAAACCCACCUCUCUUUAUUGCCUUUUCACCAAUCUUCCAUCCCCCUCUCUGCAUCAAAUACCCUCCACACGCCUAAUUUCAUAUUAAUUUCGUAUUAAUUUCCCCCGAUCUUGUUCAAGAUCGCAGCUUUUUCUGUGAUCGAAUGUCUAGGAAGAGUAAAGGGGCGGUUUUGGAUCCGUAUGGAAUUGGGGGCGCCAAGGCUAGGCUCAAGUUUCAGGCUCUUAUGCAGGACUAUCACGAGCUCGAAAAGGAGGCUGAUGUUAUGAGAAGCAAAUUGGAUAUGGUGAAAGAGAGAAAGCUGAUGCUCGCAGCUGAAGUUCGGUUUCUACGGAAAAGGCAUAGGUACCUUGUGAAGACGAAGGAUGCGAAUUCACUACAAGAACAAAGUCUUGUACAGGCGCCAAACCUACUAAAGCGUGCUAAAAUCACAAAGCAACAGCUUCUGAUUGGAAAAGAAGCGAGUCAGCAUAGAUUGUCUUUAGCUCCAGAGCCCAUCUCGAAGAAGAAACUAGUUGCUCUGCCUGAUACAUUUCCAAUCAGUGAUCAGCCUCGCAAGAAAAAAUCAUACAGCAGGAAGGGACAUGGUAUUCCACCACCGGUUUUCGAUUUGGACCACAAAGGAGUAAUGCAUAUCAGGAAAGAAGCAAACAUAGUGGCAGCUCUCGACAGAAACUCCAAGGAAAGAAUAUUUGGUGCAAAUGAUGCAAUGUUUAGGAAUUCUAAUUCUGCCGCUACUUUUGAUUUGAACCUCGAGACUAUACCUAGUGAGAGAGAAGUUUCGUUGCCAACCCGAGCUCCAAUAUUUGAUCUGAAUGAAAUCUCGACAGGGGAAGAGGAUUUCCAGGGUAGUGAAGCAAACAAGUUUGAUGACACCAGGAAAAGUUUAAUGAGAGGCAUGAACGAAGAGCAGCAAAAUGAUCUGAAACUGUCCAUUUGUCGAAACGCUGGGGAGGGCUCAUCUCGUGCUGGGAAGCGAAAAAUAUCAUGGCAGGAUCCUGUUGCACUGAGAGUUUGAACGGAGGAGUCUGAUAAGGCAAGAUACAGAUGGAUGUGUAAUCAUGCACGUGCCUGACUGGUCUCGAACUGCUUUGAAGUUCUACUGUAGGGUUAUGCAUCUCCUCAAUGUAGCUAGUUUUAUUUGUUAACACUAUACAGAAUGGUAUGAUGGAAGCAACUCACUUCAAUUAGUAUAGAAUCUACCAUGUUGCAUAGGAUUUUGAUGAAAUAGACUCAGCUCUUUUCCCUCUCAUUUUGAUGUAAUUUUAAGUUUUGUUUAUAAAAUGUUAUCCCAAUAUGCAUUCUCCU